CAUUGGUUCUCUCGAGCUACCAAAGUUCAUAUUUCUAGAGAGAGAAAAAGAAAGAGAGAGAGAGAGAGUUAAGAAGUUCGUGAAUUUAUCUGAAUUCCAGAGUGGGUUUAGGGUUGAAUCUGCGACCCAUGAUCGAUCAUUGCAAGUUCUAUCAGAUCGAAGUUGGGUUAUGACUUUCAUCUCUAUGAUCAUCUACAAUUUAACUGCUCUGCUUUGACUAUAAAGGCUAAUUGAAUUCAUUCAUAUAAUGGGGAUGUUUUGAGAAAAAAAAUGGAUCCUCAAGUUUUCAUUAGGUUAUCUAUAGGUUCAUUAGGUUUGAGAAUUCCUGGGACAGCAUCCGCAGCAAAGUCCACAAUCCGUUUACUUUCAUCCCCUUGCUCGUGUGAGAUUCGUCUACGAGGUUUUCCCAUUCAAACGACAUCGGUCCCCUUUAUUUCAGCUUCGGAAACAAUCCCCGAUCAUCAAGCCAGUGUUUCGAGUUUCUAUCUCGAAGAAUCAGAUUUAAAAGCCAUAAGGGCUCCGGGUUGUUUCUAUGCUCCUCAAAGUUGUUUAGAAAUAGUAGUGUUUUCGGGUAAGAAGGGUAAUAAUUGUGGCGUUGGGAGUAAAAGGCAACAAAUUGGAACGUUUCGACUGGAAGUUGGACCCGAAUGGAGUCAAGGAAAGCCGGUUAUUCUUUUUAAUGGUUGGGUUGGUAUUGGUAAGAGUAAGCAAGAUAAUGGAAAACCCGAGGCUGAGCUACAUUUGCGCGUUAAGCUUGAUCCCGAUCCACGAUAUGUUUUUCAAUUUGAAGACGAGUCGAAACUUAGUCCUCAGAUUGUUCAGCUUCAAGGUUCGAUUAAGCAACCGAUCUUCAGUUGCAAGUUUAGCCGAGACAGAGAUUCUCAGGUGGUUCCAUUGAACAAUUAUUGGUUAAAUGUAAGUGAUGGUCAUGACCAAGAUGCGGACCGAAGAGAAAGGAAAGGAUGGAAGGUGAAGAUACACGAUCUCUCGGGCUCGGCUGUAGCCGCAGCCUUUAUAACCACUCCAUUUGUCCCAUCAACGGGUUGUGAUUGGGUCGCGAGGUCAAACCCGGGAGCUUGGAUAAUAGUCCGUCCCGACGCUUGCCAGUCUGAGAGCUGGCAACCAUGGGGCAAACUAGAGGCCUGGCGUGAACCGGGCCUCCGAGACUCAGUUUGUUGUCGGUUUCGACUCUUAUCUGAGUUCCCCGAAGGAGGGGAGCUCCUCGUCUCCGAAAUUUUCCUAAAUGCCGAUAAGGGUGGCGAGUUCUUCAUCGAUACGGAUCGACAGCUCCGAACGGGGCCCACGCCUGUGCCGAGCCCACGAAGUAGCGGCGAUUUUAGCGCAUUGAGCCCUGUUGUGGGCGGAUUUGUGAUGAGUUGUCGGGUUCAAGGCGAAGGAAAGAUUAGCAAGCCAUUGGUGCAUUUAGCUAUGCGGCACAUCACUUGUGUGGAAGACGCGGCUAUAUUCAUGGCCCUUGCGGCCGCUGUGGACCUCAGCAUCGAGGCUUGUCGGCCUUUUCGAAGAAAGAUUAAAAGAGGAAACCGAAAUUCUUGGUGAUAUAGUAAGUAUAGCCAAUGGGGGCAAUGUCUAAUCUUAUUAUCGAUCUUUUGUAUAGAAUUUAAUCGUUUUGUGUGCUUUUUUUUUUUUUUUAAUUAAUGUUGUAUGAAUUUGAUGCCGAGAAAGUAGAGCUUUGUAAGAUUACCGAAGAGAUUGCUGUUUGAAGAUCAUAUUCGAACAGAAACAUUUUAAGGCGUGUUAUAAUAAUAAUUAUGUUAUAGCUUCUAAGAUAAUAUUAGGUAUUAUAUUGAUCCAAGUUAUUUAAAUAAUUCAUUGGUUAUAUUUU